AUGCCUCACUUGUCCGGCUCUGCCUCCACUGGCAACGAAGGCGAUGCGCCUGAGCUUGUCUUUCCUCCUGUCACCAAGGAUCAUAUCCAAAACUGCUCCUACGAUUCCUGGUUUCCCAAGCUGAGGAGCUCAUGUCUCAAGUCCAGAAUAAUCCCACUGCCCCCAUCAUUCAUUGAGUACCUUCAUGAGGAUGGUAUCUUCCUAGCGGAUGAUGAAGAGACACCAACUGAGGCCGACGAGGAGUGGCACACUUCAGCAAGCACAUCUACGAGGCCACCUGCACAGGAUGCUGAAUCCUCAGACGAGGAAGACGACGAACCCGAGAAAUUACCCCCAAACCAGAGAUUCCCGGAGACUCACAAGCUCAUCAAGGAGAAGAUCGCCGAGCUUGGCGGCGCCGUGGCACCAAAAUUGAACUGGUCCUCACCCAAGGACGCCAAGUGGAUAUCGCCUCACCAGAACACGCUCAAGUGCACUUCACCCAACGACAUUUACCUCCUCCUCAAAUCAUCGUCCUUCAUCUCUCACGAUCUCGACCACGCCUUUGACGACUGCACCCCGGCUGCACCUUCUCGACCAUACGCCCCUAUCCUUGUUCUACGGCCAUUCUUCACGCCUCAUGUGGCUCUAGAGUUCCGCUGUUUCGUCAAGCACCGAUCCCUCAUUGGAAUCUCACAGAGAGAUCUCAACCACUACGACUUUCUGGAAGGAAUCCGGCCCCAGCUGUGGCGCAAGAUCAAGACCUUCUUCCGAGAGAAGCUGAGAUUCACGUUUCCUGACGCCAGCUUCGUCUUUGACGUUUACGUACCGGAGAAUUCAUUCGAGAAGGGCGGUCUUGGAAGAGUGAGACUUAUUGACAUCAACCCCUGGGCACCUCGAACAGACAGCCUUCUUUUCGGUUGGCAGGAGCUUCUUGAAAUAGAUGUCCCCAAGCCUCUGUAUGGAACUUCGAGCAACGAUGCGGGUGCGGAUGUCAGUGGAGACGAUACAGUGACCGAAGGCGAGGAGGACGAUGAGGACAUUGAGUACCACCCCGAGAUGGUUCCAGAGUUUCGGAUCAUUGAAAAGGACGACCCGGCGGCCUACAACUUCAGCAGUCCACAGUAUUCGGCACACAAGCUGCCAAAGGAAGUCGUGGAUGCAAGUCUGGCGGGCGAAGGAGGAUUGCGAGAGUUUGCGAUGCAAUGGAAGGAGAUUACUGAGGGAAGAGGGGAUGGAAUCUGGGAGCAAGCUGGUGGAGCUGGAAGAUAG